AUGCCUGUUCCCGCAACCAUCGCGGCAGAGUACACCAACGUGACGACCAUUUCUCACGAGGCUGCUCGACCCACACCCCAUUCCCUGUACACUUCGCACUCCGAAGUCUGCUAUCAAGACCAAUACCCAACGACCCCAUCCACCUGCGGAACCUGCAACUUCGCAGACUCCCCCUCCUCAUCCCCUGGCUCAACCACCUCCUCAACCUCAUCGCUGUACCGCUGCUCCCGCUGCAAGAAGCAGCGCUACUGCUCCAAGAAGUGCCAGCGCGCCGACUGGCCGUCGCACAAGCAGCUCUGCACGCCGCCCGCCUACCUCGCGGGCGCGGAGAUCGACAGGUCGAACACGCCUGCGCUGUCGCCCGGGCAGUUUUGA